AUCUGGCUUCAUAGCAGCCAUGGACGCGUUUCAAGCCGUCUCGGGCUACGUUAGCAAGAUGGUGUCGACUGGAGAUGGCGCUACUGCCUCCAACGCUGCUAAGAUGAAGAUACUACUGUUGGACAGCGACACUCUAAUGCUUGGUGCANNGGUCUCGGUCGUGUCAUCGGCAACAACGCAAUCCGCUCUCCUGAACCACCAAGUCUACCUGACCGAUCGCUUGGAUAACCACAACAGGGAGAAGAUGCGCCACCUUCGCUGCCUCUGUUUCGUACGCCCCUCGCCUGACAGCAUUCAAUUCCUCAUAGACGAGUUCCGAGACCCCAAAUACGGCGAAUAUCACAUCNNUCAACCGCCAUGGAACGAUCUUCUGACUGAUACAAGGUCAGACUUUAGCAACAUAGUCAAGAAAUCCUCCCUUGAACGCCUUGCAGAAGCCGAUGAUCACGAGGUCGUCAAAGCCGUCCACGAAUGUUUCGCUGAUUACUUGGUCGUCAACCCUGACCUUACCUCGCUCGCCCUCGAACACCGCCUCUGGAGCUCAAACCCCGACAUGUGGAAUCAAGACUCCCUCUCGAGGGCCACUGAGGGUGUCAUUGCUCUGCUUUUGUCUCUGAAGAAGCGUCCUAUGAUUCGCUUCCAGAAGAACAGUCUACUCGCAAAGAAGUUAGCAACAGAAGUCCGAUACCAGAUGACUCAGGAGGAACAACUCUUCGACUUCCGAAAGACCGACACUGCCCCCAUACUGCUCAUUGUCGAUCGAAGAGACGAUCCCGUGACCCCAUUGCUGACCCAAUGGACCUACCAAGCCAUGGUACAUGAACUCCUGGGCAUAAAGAAUGGCAGAGUCAAUCUCAGCCAUGUACCAGACGUUCGUCCAGAGUUCAAGGAAAUUUUCAUUAGCCAAGAUCAAGAUCCAUUCUUCAAAAAGAACAUGUAUCUCAACUUCGGAGAUCUUGGUCAGAACGCCAAAGAUUAUGUCGAGCAGUUUGCUUCGAAGCAACAGUCAAGCCACAAGCUCGAGUCUAUCGAGGACAUGAAGCGUUUUGUAGAAGACUACCCAGAGUUCCGACGCCUAUCAGGAAAUGUUACCAAGCACGUCACUUUAGUCACCGAACUGAGUCGCAGAGUUGGAGAGGAGAACUUGUUGGAUAUCAGCGAGCUGGAACAAAGUCUUGCUUGCAACGAGAACCACUCCAACGACUUGAAGACCCUGCAGCGUCUCAUACAGGACCCAAAAACACCUCCAGACAACAAGCUUCGCUUGGUAGCCAUCUACUCUCUUCGAUAUGCUUCUCACCCUUCAAAUUCGACACCAGCACUCAUGGACCUCCUAGCGGUAGCUGGCGGUCUCUCUCGCCAUCGCAUCAACCUGAUACCCAAACUUCUUACUUAUGCACAUUCUUUGCAGUCGUUGCCGCAGACUGGCGCCAUUCCGGAUCUCUUCCAACCAUCCUCCAUAUUCCAGGGAGCCCGAGAGCGCUUCAACAGAGGACUUGGUGGUGUGGAGAACGUAUAUACACAGCACUCGCCACGGUUAGAGACAACAAUACAGGACUUGAUCAAGGGCCGUCUUCGAGACAAUCAAUAUCCUUUCGUUGAAGGUGGAGGCACCACACGAGACAAGCCGCAAGAUAUCAUUGUGUUUAUGAUUGGUGGUGCAACCUACGAGGAGGCAAAGAUGGUUGCGCAGGUCAACGCUAGUAGCCCUGGUGUUAGAGUGGUUUUGGGAGGCACAUCGAUACACAACAGCACCAGCUUCCUGGACGAGGUUGAAGAAGCCGUCGACAGCUGGCCAGAAGCACCACCAACCAGCGCAGCAGGCAGAUUGAGAAAGGAAGUCGGCAGAGGA